AUGACUAAACCUCAAUACUUCCUAAUGCCAGUUGUUAAAGGUUACAGCAUCAACUCGGCUUUCGACGAGCUUCGGGUCCAUGUGCCAACCUUUCCUUACGAAAAACGACUGUCAAAGAUUGAUACCUUGCGCCUGGCCAUAGCAUACAUUGCUCUCUUGCGCGAGGUUCUAGCAGCCAGGCUUGAUCCCUUGACAUACGUCGAGAGGUGUCUUAGGGGUGAAAUAAAUGGCGAAAGAGCUGAAUGGAACACGAGUGAUCUGACGGCACGCUUAUCCUGGAUAAAUUGGGAAAAUUUGGGGGUGAAUCCAAAUCGUAGAUCAGUACUUACUACUCUGGCACUGACAACCGACAAUAUGAAUUAAAUACUAAUAACAUUUUGGCAGUGAGUUUUCUUUUCUUUGUAAAUAUCUUUAUGCACAGAUAGGAAAAGAGAAAGAAAGAAAGGAAAUGCUAAAAACUUUUGCGAUCACAUUUUAGUUAACGUGCAAUACAA